GGAAGCGGAAGCGCGGGGCGGUACCGUGGGAGGGGCCGCGCGUGGGGCAGCGGGGAGCGAGUCCCUCCGUCCCCGCGAGUCGGCGCUUUUGGCCCCGCGGGAGGGGCCGGGCUCGGUGAGCGACUGGCGGGGGCUCGGGUCCGAGUCCAGAGGGCGACGUGGGCCGCGGACACCGCCAACCACGGGCCCUGCGUCCCUCCAGGGAGCCGUGUUUCGGUUCAUGAGGCCUCGGGCUGUGAGCUUAGAUGAGAAAAGCAUCAUUCAAGCUCAGAUUCGUGUUGAAGCCUGCCACAAGGUCCACCUGUUGUUGUGGGUUUGUGGGUGACCAGCCACUCCUCAUUGCUUGCAUUACCACCUGAGCUCCACCUCCUGGCCGAUCAGUGGCAGCAUUCGAUUCUCAUAGGAGCCCAAACCCUAUUGUGAACUUUGCAUGUGAGGGAUCUGGACUGCACACUCCUAGGAGAAUCUAAUUCCUGAUGAUCUGUUGCUGUCUCCCAUCACCCCCAGACGGGACCAUCUAGUUGCAGGAAAACAAGCUCAGGGCUCCCACUGACUCUAUAUUAUGGGGUUACCCCCAGCAGUGUGUGAGAAUGAAGAGUGUGGGCCACUGUGUCUCUGUUGACCUGCCAGAUAGGAAAUAGCGCUAGAGUUGCUGCAAUCCACGUCUCCCUGGAAUUCAGGAGCAGCUUGGCUGGAAGGCUCUGGCUGGAAACUUGCAGAAGGCUGUCAGCUGGGUCUGCAUCAUCUGAAGGCUCAACGGGUACCGGGGGCCACUCCAUGGCCUGCGAGUCAGAGCUGGCCGUCGGUGGGAGGCCUCAGUUCCUCUCCACAUAGGCCUCUCCACAGGGCCACUUGAGCAUCCUCCCACCAUGGCAACUGGUGUCCUCUAGAGCAACAUCCAGGAGACCAAGGCGGAAGCAGCUGCAGUGCCUUCUAGGACCUGGUCCUGAAAGUCACCCCUGCACCCACCCCUGCUGUCUCCUCAGCCAUAUUCUGCUGGUCACACAGGUGGCCCUGAAUUCAUUGCCGGCUCAGCAAAAUAAAGGCCCAGUGUGGAAGCCGGAACUUGCAUUUGAAGAAGGAUGGGAAGGAUGGGUUGAGGAGGGCCCAUCCCCAGCAGCCCGAGAGGGAGGAGGCCACGGAGACUUGGAGCACUCCCGUUUCUUCCAGAGCGCUGCGGGAUAAAGGAGGAGCGUCCUGCUUCCCGGCUGCCCUGUUGCUGUCGGAGUCACAGGAUGGCGGCUGUCAUCCUGCCCUCGACUGCUGCUCCGUCUUCUCUGUUCCCAGCCUCUCAGCAAAAAGGACACACACAGGGCGGAGAGCUGGUUAAUGAGCUCCUGACAAGCUGGCUACGGGGCUUGGUGACCUUCGAGGAUGUGGCCGUGGAGUUCACCCAGGAGGAGUGGGCGUUGCUGGACCCUGCCCAAAGGACACUGUACAGGGACGUGAUGCUGGAGAACUGCAGGAACCUGGCCUCACUGGGGUGUCGUGUUAAUAAACCCAGUCUGAUAUCCCAGUUGGAACAAGACAAGAAGGUGAUGACAGAGGAAAGAGGAAUUCUACCAAGCACUUGUCCAGAUUUGGAGACUCUACUUAAAGCCAAAUGGUUAACUCCUAAGAAGCAUGUUUUCAGAAAAGAACAGUCUAAAGGUGUAAAAACGGAAAGAAGUCAUCGUGGAGUGAAACUCAAUGAAUGUAAUCAGUGUUUUAAAGUCUUCAGCACGAAAUCUAACCUAACUCAGCACAAGAGAAUUCAUACUGGAGAAAAACCCUAUGACUGUAGUCAAUGUGGGAAGUCUUUCAGUAGCAGAUCUUACCUUACUAUUCAUAAGAGAAUCCAUAAUGGGGAGAAACCCUAUGAAUGCAAUCACUGUGGGAAAGCAUUUAGUGAUCCCUCAUCCCUUAGACUGCAUUUGAGAAUUCACACUGGAGAAAAACCCUACGAAUGUAACCAGUGUUUUCACGUUUUCCGCACCAGUUGUAACCUCAAAAGCCACAAGAGGAUUCACACAGGGGAGAAUCACCAUGAAUGUAAUCAGUGUGGAAAAGCUUUCAGCACAAGGUCCUCUCUCACUGGGCACAAUAGCAUUCAUACAGGGGAGAAACCUUAUGAAUGUCACGAUUGUGGGAAAACCUUCAGGAAGAGCUCCUAUCUGACACAGCACGUAAGAACUCAUACUGGAGAAAAACCCUAUGAAUGUAACGAGUGUGGGAAAUCCUUCAGCAGUAGCUUUUCUCUUACUGUGCACAAGAGAAUACAUACCGGAGAGAAACCCUACGAGUGCAGUGACUGUGGAAAAGCCUUUAAUAAUCUCUCAGCUGUGAAGAAACACUUAAGAACUCACACUGGAGAAAAACCCUAUGAAUGUAAUCAUUGUGGGAAAUCCUUCACAAGUAACUCCUAUCUUUCUGUGCACAAGAGAAUACAUAAUAGGUGGAUAUGAAUUACUGCAGGAACUUCUGGAGGAAAGCACUCAUUGAUCUUUCAUCCCUAAGAUAGUUUGAGAGAGCUCACACUGGAUAUAUAAGUUAUUUGUUGCAGCAUAACAAAUGAUCCCCCCAAAUUUCGUGGCUUCAAACACGAAAUGUUUAUUCUCUAACAAUUUCUACAGGUCAGGAAUUCAAGAACGGCUUAUCUCUGUAGUUACACUGCAGGAUCUCUCAUGCCUUUACUUACAAUCAAGAUGUCAGCCAAAGCUGUGGUCAUCUAACAUCUUUACUGAUGAACAGUCCACUUCCAAGAUGACUUAUUCACCUGCCUGGAAAGUUGAUGUUGGUUGUUGUCAGGGGACCUUCAGUCAUUACCAUGUAGGCCUCUUUACAAGGCCGAGCUCCUUGACAAUUUGGCAAUAAGUUCUCCCCAAGGUUAGUGAUCCAAGAGAGGACCAAUACAGAGGCCAAAAUGGCUUUUAUGACCUAUCCUCAGGAGGACUGCUAAGCUUUCACUUAUUUCCUAUUGUGUUGGUCUCACAACACACCAAUCCUGAUACAAUGUGAGAGACUGCAGAAGGUAUGAAUACCAGGAAACAGAUAACUCAGAAGCAUCUGGGAAAUUUGCCAUGGAAUUAAUGAAGAAAAGCCCUCAGCACAUCAUCCUUCUACUCUAAUCAAUAUGAAAUAGCAUUCAGUAACUCCUAUUAAUUCACUCUGAAGAGAAACCUUUUGAGGACAAUCUGUAUGGUAAAGCUCUCAGCUCGAAUUCUCACUUUCAUGGGCCCAGAAGAUUAUGUACUGAGAGAAUCCUGAAGAAUGGAACAGCUGUAGAAAGCCUUCAGUUGCUAUCAGCAGGGAUUCAUGUGACAGCUCACACUAAGGGAGAAAACCUGUGAAGGCCUCAGAAGGCUUCAGUGACAGUCAUCCCUUAAGACACAUUGGAAAUCACACAACAACACUCAGAAAUGCGGAAUACCCUACAGCAAAAGUGUUCACAUUACUGAGCAAACUAUAGUGUGGUAUUCUGCAGUGACUAUGGGAAAGCCUUCAAUGUUCUAUCGGUUUUUAAGGGACUUGAGAAUUAAUUCUGGAGAGAAUGCCCCAUUGAACAUCAUCAAUAUUGGAGAGCUUUCUGUUUUUCUACAUUUGUUAGGAAACUUGUGAGCAUUCACACUACAGAGAAACUUGAAAUAUAAAGAAGAAGAGAAAGCCUUCAGUGAUGCCUCUGUGUUAGGGAAAAUAUGGAACUUCUCCCUGGAUGCAAAACCUAUGAGUAUAUUAAUAUUGGAAAAUUUUUCAGUGAUUCUUCUCUUUCUUGUAUAUGAGAGAACUUAUAUGGAGAAACCCCUAGGAAUGUAAUCAGUGUUAGGAUGCCUCAGCCUGAACUCUUCACUGAGUGGCCACAAUUUUCACUGGGAACAAAAAGUAUAAUAACUGUUUUGAGUGUGGGAUAUCCUUUAUCAGUGUCUCAUCUGUAGAUUGGACUGCUGGCUCAUUAAUUUUUUUAGUCUUUUUUUCUUUUAAUAUAAACAUUUGUGUAUAGCUGUUCCCUAAAAUAAACAUUAACAUAUUUCAUAA